UUUAUUAUUAAACGUACAGUUAUAAACUUGACUAUAAUUCCAACAAGUAAAAAUCUCAUCUUCCGAGUCGUAGACUUUUGGUGAAGCGCGAUCCUAAGAAAAUCUCAGGAAGGUUCUCAAACUGCAAAAUGAACUACGACCAAGAAGAUAUCGAUCGCUAUUUCGAUGCGUUCGAUUACAUCGUUUUUGCUAUCAUGUUACUGGUGUCUGCUCUGAUUGGAGUUUAUUUCGCAUUUUUUGCGAAAGUGAAACAGAACACUACCUCAGAGUACCUCAUGGGGGGGAAAACCAUGGGUAUAUUUCCUAUUUCGAUGUCUAUGAUUGCAAGUUAUAUUUCAGGAAUCAGUAUAUUAGGAAUUCCAGCAGAAAUGUAUACUUAUGGGACUCAAUUCUGGAUGAUAAUUGCAUCAGAAGGAUUUGUUUCUCUAACUAUGGCAGUAGCUUAUUUGCCAGUUUUCUAUAAACUACAAAUAACUUCUAGUUAUGAGUAUUUAAACUUGAGGUUCAACCAGACAGUACGAUUAUUUGGCUCAAUUUUAUUUCUUAUGAAAAUGUUACUAUACAUACCAAUAGUGAUCUACGUACCUGCAUUGGCUUUCAGUCAAGUAACUGGAAUUAAUUUACAUCUAAUCACACCUUUGGUGUGCGUUGUUUGUAUAUUUUACACAACGUUGGGUGGAUUGAAAGCUGUUGUGUGGACUGAUACAAUUCAAACUGUCGUUAUGUUUGGUGCCUUAAUAGCUGUGGUAUUUAUGGGUACUUAUUCUGUUGGUGGUUUCAGUGAAGUAUGGAAGAGAAGUGUAGACGGUGGACGAAUUGACUUCUUCAAUUUAGAUUGGGACCCCACAAUCAGACAUUCCUUUUGGACGGUAACAAUAGGUAAUUUCUUUUCUUGGAUGGCUUCUUGCUCAAUAAACCAGGCCAUGGUGCAGAGAUGUUUGGCAAUGCCAUCUCUUCGUUCCGCCAGAGUAACAGUGCUCAUUCUGGUGAUAGGAAUAAUGACUUUGGUCUCGAUGUGUUGUUACAUGGGCCUCCUCAUCUACGCUCAUUACUACAAGUGUGAUCCUGUUACGAGAGGCUCAAUUUAUAAAUCGGACCAGUUGCUGCCCUAUUUCGUUAUGCAUAUCGCUGCUAUAAUGCCUGGUUUGCCUGGACUCUUUGUCAGCGGUGUUUUCAGUGCAGCUUUGAGUUCGAUGUCGACAGGACUGAACUCGAUGACCGGAGUUAUAUUUGAAGAUCUGGUGAAACCGAGAAUGAAGAAGCCUCUUACUGAAAGUCAAGCCAGUUUUCUGAUGAAAAUAAUAGUGGUUGUGAUUGGUAGCAUAUGCGUGGCCUUGGUAUUUGUUGUGGAGAAAAUGGGGGCUUUGAUUCAAGCUUCGGGGAGUUUGGGGGCCAUAACAGCAGGGCCCUUGCUUGGAAUCUUCACGUUAGGGAUGUUUUUUCCCUCGGCCAACUCUGUGGGAGCUCUUGUCGGGGGAGUGACCAGCAUUGCUCUGAUCAGCUGGAUAUCGAUCGGCACUCAAAUCAACAUGGCACAGGGCCUGAUACGAUUUCCACAGAAGCCGGUAUCCGUACAAGGUUGCAAAGUUGACUGGUUAUCAGAAUAUCUUCUGACGUUAGAUAACCCGAUGACAUCAGUGCAUCUGGAACCACCGUUCAUUCUCUACCGAUUAUCCUAUAUGUAUUACACUGCAUUAGGAACGAUUACUGCCAUUAGCGUUGGAUUGAUUGUUAGUUACUUAUCAGGAUCGAACAAGGGAAAAUCUCUGUCCAAAGAUCUCUUUUCGCCAGUGAUAUACAGGUUUUUGGUUAAAGAGGAUGUAACUAAAGAAGCUAAUUCCACAGUUCCGCAAGAAGCACUACAAUUGACCAUGGUUGACUGAGGAUUUCGUGUAAAUAGUAAUUUUUAGGCACCAAUACUGUUCGUUUCGUAUGAGCGAAUAAUUCUUUCUCUGAUUGUUGUAAUGUAUAAUUACAAUUCUGUCAAUGUUAAAAUUCUUAAA